UCAGUUUUUGAUGUUUGACUCCCACCUGGCAAUUGAGUAGUUUUGAUUACAUCUUGAAACCACACAACAUUUGGUGGGCAAAUUUUUAUUUUAAAUAAUAAUUCAAUUAACUUAAAAAUGAAAGCGGUAGUGCAAAAAGUAACAGCCUCCAAAGUAACAGUUGAGGACGAGGAAGUAUGCAGUAUAAAUAAAGGACUUUGUGUUUUUGUGGGCUUUUCUAAAAACGACACCGAAAAAGAUGUGGAUUAUAUGGUAAAAAAAUUGCUGGCAUUAAAACUAUUUGAGGAUAAGGAAACUGGUAAACGAUGGCAUAAAAAUGUUAAAGAUUCAAACUUGGAGAUACUUUGUGUGAGCCAGUUCUCGCUUUAUAAUAAAUUAAAGGGUAAUUCAUUGGAAUUUCAUCAAGCAAUGCAAGGUGACGAGGCAAGAGAUCUAUAUUAUAGUUUUCUAAAAAAAUUAUCAUUAAACUAUUGUGAAGAAAAGAUCAAAGACGGCAGAUACGGUGUUGUGAGAGUUGUUCAUAUUCAAAAUGAUGGACCAGUUACAAUAACAUUGGAAUCUCCAGUCGUGUCGGACCAGUCAGCUUCCUAAUCAACCUUUUAUAGUAUAAAGGUUUAUACACGUAAAUAAAAUUAGAUAAUGUCAUUUGUAUAUGAAUUGGAAUAGUGCUCGCUCACCCCUAUUGGGCUAUCGACCGCCUUAACCUUAUGGACAAGCAAAUACAAUACAAUACAAUACCCGGCCACCUAAAGCAUUUGUUUUACUCUGAAGUUAGUUAUGAAUUGUAGGUUUAUCAUAAGCAUUAUUAACUUUUUAUUUGUUAUCUCUAUUUUAUUCAAUGAUUUAUUUAAAAAAACUUAACUUAUUUAAAUAAAAAUUAAAUAAAUUUCAA